AUGGCUGGGGGAGGCCGCCGCUGCGCGCGACUUGCGGCCCUGGCACUGCUUGCAGCGCUGCUGCACAGCUCGGUCACAAGCUUCGUGCAGCCACCCCAGGAUGUCUCGAGGCGAGGUCUCGCACUGCCUGUGUUCACCGCCUUGGCCACGGCGAUGACCGGCAGCGAGGCCGCCCAGGCGCAGGUGGCCUCCGUGCCUGGAAAGGCCGCUGUCGAGGUUCCCGACCGCAUCAACUCGGAUCCCUAUGAGCUCAUUGGCAUGGAGAAUCCGGCUGACAAGAAGGAGGACUACAAGACAUUCUACAUGAAGUCCAAGUACCGCCAGGAUACCUACCAGGUGAUGAAGCACAUGAAGAUCUCCGCCUCCUUGGACAAGGGCACUCCAAACAUGGAGAAGUGGAACAGCCGAAUCAAGAAGGAGAUGAACGAUUGGCUGGCGUUGUAUCGCCGCCAGAACCUCUCUGUUGGAAGGCAGAGCUACUACUCCCUUUACUCUGCGAUCAAUACCCUAGCCAGUCACUUCACUUCCUACGGACCGAAGUUCCCCUUCCCAAACAAGAGAAGGCCCCGCUUCUACGAGCUGUGCAACCAGGUGGAGAAGUACCUCGAAAAGGGCAAGUGA